AUGACGUCAAUGCAGAUAUCAGAUCGGAAUCACAACUACCAUAUCGACAGUUUCAUCCUGCCUCAACUGGUUUCGUCAUCUGACACCCUAAUAAUCAUCUGACACCCCAAUAAUCAUCUGACACCCCAAUAAUCAUCCAAUCCCUUCAUCAGAGCCACAUUGGAACGUAAGACAGAAUGAGUGCCGUUGCCGCCUGUUUUCCCUUCCUAGCCGAGAAUCUCGUCGUCGAUUCGUCUCUACUAGACGCUCUCGUCUCUCACAACCUUCUCACACGAUCGCAGACCGCUCAGCUUGUAGAUCAGAGCGUCAACAAUGAACAGAGGCUACAAUUUCUAUUUGGAUGCGAUGGGCCGCUUAGCGCGCGCGACAACCAGGCCGUUGUGAGACUUUGCGAUGCGCUGAGGUCGUGUAAACGCGAAGUUAUCGCGUCGAGGCUACAGAAAGCGCAGGAAGCGAGAGAACGCGGUGAGUGCGAGAUCGACUCGGAGGCGGGAAAUUCGAAUAACGCAAUACGCUGCGUUGUGCUCUCCUCGUUGCGUGAAAAGUACGAUGAGGUGAAAUUCGGGAUGACGAGCGUGUUCAUUCAGAGUCUCGGAGUGCGCAGUCGCAAGGAGAUGACGGUUGAAGAGUUAUUUGUUGGUGACGUACUCGAAGUCCCGGAUGAUGAAGAGGUCGCGACUAUGAGGGUCGGUGAGCGCACGGCGAUGAGUAUUCAUAUACCGUUUGCGUGUGGAAAUCUGGCUGUCGACAAGAGGAAUGAUUUAGUGGCAAAGAUUGCUGGAUUGGUGGAUCUCCAUGCCAACGAUAUAACGAUGUUUCAGAUUCCGACGAGUCGUGGGUGUUUCCUCUCUCUCUUUGUGCCGGGCGGUGCUGCAUUGGAUCUGAUGCGGUUGGCCAUCAAACCGGGCGGACUCGACUGUCUAGCCGACAUUUGUGUCGUGCCCGUCGUCGAGGUGUUCAUCAGUCGGUUGCCUCCCGUCAACGUCUCGUUUUCACAUCACGCAUUGCGUGAAAUAUCGCCAGUUGUUGUUCUAAUGGGCGAGGCCGGUGUGGGCAAGUCUUCCAUCGUCAAACAACUGUCCGCUGAUAGCGAGGUCUACCUCCAAGAAUCGACUGCCAGGAAGUGGGUGCUGCCUGACAACGUGUUUGUGUCGCGACGAGGAACGUCUGAUGAAUACACGGCUCUGCAUAUAUGCGAGGUACCCGGAAUGGACGCCAUACGACGCUCGCUCACAAGCAACAUCUUUAAUCACCUCCACAUGGCUGCCGGUGUCGUGUUCGUGUUUGCACUCAACAGUGCAGAGUCGUUGUUUGCAGCCCACGAUUGUCUGGAAGAGGCAAGGUUGUAUGCACCAAGUGAUGCGUACUUUUUUCUCAUAGGAAACAAGAUCGACUUACCAAGUCAGAUCGCUGAGAAAAAGAUAACAUCGUUUUCAUCACAAUUCGGAAUAGUGAGUGAGCACGUGUUUAUGACGUCAUGCCAGAAUAAGCAAGGCAUUCGCGAUGCUUUCUGCACGAUUGCUGCCGCUGCUCAUCAUGCCGAACGGCCAAUUGCCCCUCCUUUUAAAGGUGACGAAGCCAUAGGAGCAGCACUAGAGAAAUGCAAGGUAUCGUAAUAGAAUGACAGCAACAUGGAUACAGUUGUAUUCGAACUGGUCAACACUUGUGUGUAAUUUUGUUGUGUUUUGGUUGAGCUGCUUUAUUUUUUGUGUUUUGCGUUUGAUGCGUGUUUUUAAUAUUUUGGUGUGACGUGACUGGUUGUGUUCUCUCUAAAUUUGAAACAAGAUUUUACAUUUGA